UUGGCACUGUUUGCUUUUGCAGCGCUCAGAAUGAGCCGACGAUUUUCUCGCGCGGAGUCCGCAACGGAUCUGUUGGCGUUCCUGGAUCGCGGCUAUUCCGCCAACACUGAGAACCGAUGGACGUUCGAGGUCGCAUGGGAGGUCGCCAACAAAGUCGGUGGAAUUUACACCGUCAUCCGGUCGAAGGCUUUCGUGUCCACCGAGGAGCUGGGCGAUCAGUACUGCCUGAUGGGACCGUACAUGGAAGCCUCGGCCAGGACUGAGGUGGAGGCGUGCGAGUUCCCUAGCAAUGGUCCUCUGUAUCGGGCGGUGACCAACAUGCGGAACCAAGGCUACAAGGUGCACUGUGGCCGCUGGCUGGUGGAUGGAAAUCCGCAGAUUAUCCUGUUCGAUAUCGGAUCGGCCGCUUGGAAAAUGGAUAACUACAAACAAGAACUGUGGGAAUCGUCCAACGUGGGCAUCCCACAUCUGGAUGUCGAGAGUAAUGAUGCGGUUAUUCUUGGAUAUACCAUUGCCACCUUCAUUGAUGAGGUGGAAUAA